GGAGACGCCGCGUAGACUGGGCAGGCCGGGCAGCGGGGCUGGGAGCCGGAGCCCCAUGUCCUGCUGUGUCCCGCCACGAUGUUGCCCUCCCGGAGGAAAGCGGCGCAGCUGCCCUGGGAGGAUGGCAGGGCCAGGUUGCUUCCUGGAGGCCUCCGCCGGAAAUGCUCCAUCUUCCACCUCUUCAUUGCCUUUCUCCUGUUGGUCUUCUUCUCCCUGCUCUGGCUGCAGCUCAGCUGUUCUGGAGAUAUGGCCCAGGUGACCAGGGGACAAGGGCAGGAGACCUCAGGUCCACCCCGGGCUUGCCCCCCAGAGCCACCCCCUGAGCACUGGGAAGAAGAUGAGUCCUGGGGGCCUCACCGCUUGGCAGUGCUGGUGCCCUUUCGGGAACGCUUUGAGGAGCUGCUGGUCUUUGUGCCCCACAUGCACCGCUUCCUGAGCAGGAAGAAGAUCCAGCACCACAUCUACGUGCUCAACCAGGUGGAUCAUUUCAGGUUCAACCGGGCUGCACUCAUCAACGUGGGCUUCCUGGAGAGCAGCAACAGCACAGACUACAUCGCCAUGCAUGAUGUGGACCUGCUCCCUCUCAACGAGGAGCUGGACUAUGGCUUCCCGGAGGCCGGGCCCUUCCAUGUGGCCUCCCCAGAGCUCCACCCGCUCUACCACUACAAGACCUAUGUGGGCGGCAUUCUGCUGCUGUCCAAACAGCACUACCAGCUGUGCAACGGAAUGUCCAACCGCUUUUGGGGCUGGGGCCGAGAGGAUGAUGAAUUCUACCGGCGCAUCAAAGGAGCUGGCCUCCAGCUUUUCCGCCCCUCGGGGAUCACAACUGGGUACCAGACAUUUCGCCACUUGCAUGACCCGGCCUGGCGGAAGAGGGACCAGAAACGCAUUGCGGCUCAAAAACAGGAGCAGUUCAAGGUGGACCGGGAGGGAGGUCUGAACACUGUGAAGUACCGUGUGGAUUCCCGCACAGCACUGUCUAUAGGAGGGGCCCCCUGCACCGUUCUCAAUAUCAUGCUGGACUGUGAUAAGACAGCCACUCCAUGGUGCGUAUUUGGCUGAGAGCUAAACUGUAAGGAAGCUUAUGCUUCCAGACCUCAAUGCUGCUCAGGCUCAGGAAACCUCAGGCCUUAGGCCCAGCUCAAGAGGAUGCAGAGAGGCCUGAAGAAGUAGCCAACCAGUCUGUGUCUUCAGCAACCUGGCCCCCAGAGCCAGGCCCAAGACAGGACACAGGUAGACCCUGGGAUGCUGCUGGAAAAAUUUUUCAGAGAAGCUGGAGGAGGUGUGGCUCUUGACUGACAUUCUCCAGCCUGCCUUCCUGAUCACCCUGCUCUGCCCGCCCGCCCGUGCUGAGGCCUGAGGCAAUGACAAGGAGGGCCAGGACAGCCUCAGCAGACACAAGCUGCUCCUCUGGAAGCACAGACUCACAAAGAUGUAGUCAGAAGCCCCACGGCCAGUGUGUAUGGCAGUUGCUACUAGGAAGCUUAGCACAACAGAAGGAGGAACACAAGCCCUGUGCAAGGGAGUGGCUGAGACCUGCUGUAGCUGGUGCCACCUCAGAGGAACAGGGCACCAGAUCUCACUUCUCAAAAGAAACUAGAAUGCUGGAUUCUUAAGCAGAAUUUCCUGGUUUUUUUUGUUUUUUUGUUUUUUGUUUUUUUUUUUUUUUUUUUUAAUGGUAGCAGUUAACUAAAACUUUGAAAAACUAUGGCAGGCCAAACAAAAUGUUUUGCAAUUCACUGAUUUGUCACCUUUGGUUGACCAAACGGGGAUAAUAUAAAAGACUACGCUCUCAGUCA